CGUCCCUGUGAAAAUUCAGUUCACAUUUCCUGUUCGGUGGUGUCGUGUCUCCGUAUAUUUUUGCUGCAUUUUCGGCGGGGAUUUCUGCGACAUUUGGAUCCGUUAUCAGUUGAGAAUGUGGCGAAGGUGAUAACGAUAACAAGGUAGUGUGUUAGCUGUCAGUGGUGCAGCUGAGAGAUGUGUUGCCACGUCAGUGUUGUGUGUUUAUUGUGAGGAGGGAGGAGGGGGGUCGAGGCCGCGGGAGUUACAAAAGUGAAGGUUGCAGUAUGAAGAGGACGACUAUGGCAGCUUAUGGCGAUGAUGAGACGUCGCCGCUGCUGGGCACCAGGGAAGCCAUGUCCAAGGAAGGAGAGGAGGGGGGCAGGAGCAGCCCCCGUCACCCCUCAACCCAUAAACCAUCGCCCCUCAGGUCGUUCACUACAUUCGUAAAGCAGGUGAUGAAGAAUGUGACUUUGGAGCCUAUGCUGUUCCUGAAGAUGAUGGCUGAGGGCAACUAUAAGGUAGUGGCAGAUACACUUGAGAUCGCCGGUGUGUGUGUCAACCUAACUUUUACAAAGGAAGAAUGUAUUAACAUGGACGAGUGUUUCUUUCUUCAGAUUGCUGUGCAGAAAUAUGAGAACACAUUCAACUACUACCAGAGUUUGAUGGAUAGUCUGAUCCCUUUAGCUGUGGUGUUAUUUAUGGGCUCCCUCAGUGACAUCCAUGGCCGUAAGCCACCAAUGCUGGCUGUCUUGAUGGGCUUUGUGGCUGUUGCUGCUAUUUAUCUUGUAACAUCUUUAAAUCCUUCAUGGCCUGUUGAAGUGCUGUAUGCAGGCCCCUUAGCAGUGGAUAUCACAGGCUCAUGGGUUGUGUUUAAUAUGGCGGUCUACAGCUAUGUAGCAGAUAUCACACCCCCUGAGAAUCGUACAAAAAGACUGGGAUUCUUGGAUGCCUGUUGGUAUCUUGGUGGACCAUUGGGUCGCCUAAUAGGAGGCUGGCUGUACCAAUUUGCAGGCUACCCUGCAGUUUUCUUCUUGUCUGGAGUUUUAUGGGGCUUUUGCUUUGUGUAUGUAUUACUAUGGAUACUAGAGAGUGUUAACAAUCCAUCCAGAGGCGUUAGUGUCACAAGGAGAUGAAGGAGCUCGCUUGGGUCCUCUGCAAACUUGUUAGUGGCCCUGCUGAGGAUGCCAUUCAAGGCCAGGUCCGGAAGUAACCGUAUGUAUCUUAUGAUAUUACUGAUCCUCAAACUCAUGGUCUUCCUGGUCCAGGGCCAUCAAGUGUACCUGUGGGCUAGGCGUGUGCUUGGAUGGAAACCAGCAGUGUUUUCCACCUGGAGCAGCUUGGACUCGGUUGUGCACGAAUUUGGUAUGGUGGUCUGGGUGUGGGUGGCAGCAAGAAUGAGUAUGCACGACACUAUGGUUGCUGUGGGUGGAUUGGUCUCCCUCGGGAUAUGGUCAGCAGUACUGGCUUGCAUUAUUGGCCCUGAGACAUGGUGGCUGGCGGUGGUUGCAUCAGUGUUGGGCAUGUUUGAACCUGCCAUAGAACCAGCCAUUCGAACUUUGCUCACAACAGUAGUUGGAGUGAGUGAGGUUGGCAGAGUCCUAGCUCUCUCUGGCCUCCUGGAGUCUGCAUGGUUUACAGUUGAUCAGACCAUCUACACUGAACUCUAUAAUGCCUUCGUCAAAACAUUCCCACAGGUAAGUUUUUUUUAUCAACUUUGUAGUGCAAGCAGUUUGUGUGUCGUGCUGAUUUUGGUACUGGUGUUCCUUCGUCUGGACAUGGGUCGACAACCUGCAGCCACUCAUACCCAUGACCCAACACUCUCUACCCACACCACCUGUGACACCAUCUACAGUGUGCAGUACUCAAGUAGAAAAGGGCAACAAGAUGAUGCUCACAGUCCUCCAUUUGACAGUCCCCAUGCCCAUCAUACAUAA